AUGUUACAAUCACCACCAUUAUCACCUUUAACAACAAACACAUUUCAUUUAAAAACCAAUUCAAUUCAAGAAAUUUUUUUGCUAGAUCCAUUUCUUUAUGUCAAUGGUAGACGUUAUCAUAAUGUACCCACUGCAUCUUAUUUCCUGCCAAACGAUAAACAAGAAAUUGAGCGUUUAACUUUAGAACAUAUAAUCUAUCAUUUCAUUUGGAAUGGUAAUUUUUCCUCUCCUGUUGAUAAUGUUUUAAAGUCAUCACCCGCAAAAAAUGAUAAAGCAAAAGUUUUGGAUAUAGGUUGUGGCCCUGGCCAUUGGUUGUUAGAAAUGGCCGAGGAAUAUCCUAAUGCUAAUUUUGUUGGUAUUGAUAUUUCUCCCGUUUUCCCUAAUGAAUACGAUUCAAAUAAACCCACAAACGUUGCUUUUUUAAAAUUUGAUGCUCUUAGUGAAAAUGGUUUGCCUUUCCCAGAUGAUACCUUUGAUUUUGUCUAUCAAAAAUUUAUGGUAUUUUUUAUCCCUGAAAAUAAACGGAUGAAACACAUAGAAGAAUUAAUAAGAAUUACUAAACCUGGUGGAUGGAUUGAAUUAAUGGAUGUUGAUCCUUUGCCUUAUGAUACAGGUCCAAUUUCAACUUUUUUUCUGCAAUCAAGAAUAAAUAGAAAAAUGUUAUUUGAAAUUCCAUUAUUAUUUAAUCAGAAAUCUGAAUUGAUUACUGUUCAUUCUCAAGAACGUCCGAAUCCUAUUGGUUCUUGGGGUGGCAAAAUGUUGAAAAACAUUGAAUUAAUUGUUGAUCCAUUAAAACCUUACAUAUUACCAGGUUAUCCGUCAAAUAAAACUGUUAGCAACAACGCUCAUCAAUCAAAAUACAUGAUAGCAAGCAAUCUGAAUAACGUUUUGAGAAGUAAAAUUCUUGACGAUGUACUUAUAAAAGUUCCAAGUAUUUUAGAAGAAACAAUUCCACAUAUUUCUGAGGAGACUUUGGUUUUUUUAGCAGUUUCUUUUAAAGAAUGUGAAAAUAAUAAAACUCGUCGUUGCAUUCUAAAGGUUUUCAAAGAAGCUGAAAAUCAUAUUACAAAUAAUACUGGUCCCAAAUAUGAAGAAAUUAUUAAAAGUAUAUUCUUUCUUUUAGAAAAUCAAAGCAAUGAUCCAAUAGCUCAGCUUUUGGAUAUUCAACACGGAAUACUUCAACGACUUGAUUCUCCUAUACCAAUAGAAGCAAAUGCUGCAAUUUUUGCGGCUGAUAAAAUUUCCUCAAAAACAGAAAAAUUUUCUGUUAUUUUAUGUGAAAAAUUGGCUUCAAAACUUCAAUUCUUAAGACACAUGCAUUGGGAUAAGAAUUUAGCUAGAAAGGCAAGGUCUAUGUGUAUUCAACUGCUCGAGAAGCAUUCAGAUGAUGUUUAUGUUAUAACAAUUUUGAAAACCUUGACAUUCUUGUCAUGUCAUGCUCUUGAGUAUACUGCUAGUCAGAUUGACCUUUUAUUUCAAUAUUUAAUGGAUGAUGCAAGAAAAAGAGUUAAAAUUAGUAUACUAACUGAUUUGAAUAGAUUGGCAUCUAAAAACUUUAGAUUUGAUGCAACAAAUAUUUUAAAUUUAUUGAAUAUCAUAGAUAGUGAAUCUGAUGAUAUUAUCAAAAUCAAAGCAUUAAAUGUUUUAUCAACAUUAUUACAACAAAAUCCAGGUCAACUUACCAACCUAAUCUCCACUGAUUUAGAUCAAGAUGUUCGUAUAGAGAUACUUCACUAUAUUCAAAUAUUUGAAGAUAUGUUACCGAAUAUUCAGCAAAAUAUGUUGGAUCUUACUAUCGUUUUUGUUAGGUUCUUUGUAAGGUUGAUAAUAGAAUAUGAACAUAUCAGAGAUUUAGAUCGGUUUAUAAAAAUAGGAGAUGAGUGGGACAUAUAUCUCAAAGAUCUCCCUUCAAAGAUUAGUAAGUCAAUAUUGUUAAUUAUAAAGAAAUUGAUGAAGGCAUCAUAUAAUACUCAAGUCACUAAUGAUAUAGAUAAAAGUGAAAAACACUUGAAUAUUUUUAAAGAAUUUCUCAAGUGCCUGUUUUCAAUAUGUCUGACAAAUGAUGAUUUGGCUAAAAAUGUAAUUUGUGAUAUUUUUGAUUUAUUGAAGGAAAAUAUUGGCCUUGAUGUUGGAACAAUCAUGCAAGGAUUUCAGGAUGAAAUUUUAUCAUUAUUAAGUUCUGAAGAAUUAAUAAACUUGCCUCGUUCUUUUAGAUUACUUGCAAAGACUGCAUUAAGAUCACGACCUGAAUUUACAUCACAAAUAAAAGAAUUUAGUAAUACGCUUCUUAAAGCAAUUCACCAAUUUGGAAAUUAUAUUACAAAAAGGUUCACAAAAAAUCAAUGGGAUGUUUAUUUGAUCGGAGUAGAGGCCGGUAAAUCUGGUUGUUACAACAUCAUGUCAUCUAUUUUUCAGUCAUUUGUUGAUGAGGUUGAUUCUGAAGCACCUAGAUUUUGGCUUAAAUCUUUGAGUAAUGUCGCUGAUGCUGAGCAAAAAAUUGCUCACAAUAUUGAUAUAAAUCCAUUCGACGAUGGUAACUUUAAUGAACCUGUACGACUUUACGUAAAAGGAGACUCUGAAUUAAAUGGAUUCAUGUCUUUUACAGAUACAAGUGAUCACAGAAUUUUUGCAAGAUGGUUUUGUCAACUUCGAGUCGAAUUUUUUUUGAAAGUGAAACUUAUUUUAUCUCGAUUAAAUUUUCUCUUAAAAAUUAAAUCACAAGAAAUUGACUUUGACAUAAUUCAACCUAAAAAAAUUCUUAACGAUUUAGCGAAUUUACAUAGUUUUGUUGCUUAUUCAUUCUAUGAUAUUGAUAAAGAAAAACCAAUAAAUCCAUUGUUACUUUCAUUGAUCCAGCUUACAAAUUCUGACAAUAAUUACCAGAAUGAAACUGAUAAAAUACAAGAAAUUAAUUCUUACAAAAGAAAAAAGAAUAAAACACAGUCUGUUUUAAGAUUUCAAUGUAUUGAUAUUUUGAAACGUGUUAAGCAACUCCAAGGAAUUAAAGAUACAGUUUGGCUUAAAAUUCCAUCGAUCGAAAGAAAUCAAUUAUUUCAACGAAAUUUUACAAAAUUAGUUCUUAAUUUUGAAGGAUUAGUUGAAAUAAGUAAAUUAAGUAAAGACAAUACUUUGAGCACUGUUUUCACUUUUCCAAUUGAAAAUAAUAAUAAUAAUAGCGAUUAUUUUACAUGUACUGCACUUGUUUCAUUUCCAAAUGGAAAUGGUUAUUUAAAUGUUUUUACAAGAGUUAUCGAUGAAAAUUUAGAUAAAUGGUUCAUUGGACCAAAUUU